UUGUAAACUCAAGCUACGGUCACACUGCUUCAAACGUUUGUUUUCCUUGUUUGUACGAAAGAAAUUACCCACAUAAAUAAACAUUGGCAAACACACAAUGGCCGAUACGCCCAGAACGCCCAGCACACCUGGCAGUCUAGCCAUGGAAAUGGUGAAGGCACAAAAUACAGCACUGGCCGAAUUCAAGAGACCGUUGCCCAGCCACACAGAACGUCGCAAAGUGAAACCCAAAAUUCUGACCGAGGAGCGCUACAUCGAGGAGAUGUCCAAGAUCAUACAACGUGACUUCUUUCCCGAUCUGGAGCGACUGCGUGCCCAAAACGAUUACCUGGACGCGGAGGGGCGUCGCGACUUUCUGCAAAUGGCCGAAAUUCGAGCACGCUACAGCAUGGGACGCUUCCCUGGCACUGGCAGCCGAAGCGGCACCGCUGGCCGCAACAAUGCCAUGUCGCCCGCCACAUUCGAAACGCCUCUGAGCACUGCAAAUGGCGGUGCAACGCCGCGCGCCGAGACACCGCAGUCCAAUAGAAGCAACAAGAGCAGCAGAAGUGACGUUGAGGGCGGCUGCCAGGAGGGCAUUGCAAGUCAAAUGUCGCUGGACUCGUUUUUACAGCACUAUACCAGCGAGGACAAUCAAAGCUUUCAGGAGAUCAUCGAGACCGCUGAGGCGAAGCUGCGCCAGAAAUACGCGGUACUCUACAACCACGAACACUUGUCUGCCGAGCAGCUGCAGCGCGCUUUGAUGUUGCCCAGCAUUGAGAAACAGUUCGAGGAACCCGAUCCGCUGCGCAAGAUUGAGACCUGGAAAUACACGAAUAUGAAUUCAAUCAUGUAUGUGCCCGACGGCGUUGAACUAACCGAACAGGAGCGUGUCCAACUCGCCGAACGCAAGCAGAGCAUACAGCACAAGGCCACCAGGCUGCCAGCAAUGCAUAUGGGUCACCAGGAUGAGGCAGGCAAUGCCGCAACAGCCGAAGAAGAGAUUGGCAGCGGCACCGCAACACCACGUAUACGUGGCUUUGAUUUGCUGCGUUCCCCAUCGCCGCGACCCGGCGAAGCCUUCUCGCCCAUCAUGACGUGGGGAGAAAUCGAUGGCACACCAUUUCGCCUGGAUGGCGGCGAUACACCACUGCGCAGCACUACGGCUGGACCCUCGUUUCGCAUUAACGAGAACUCGCGACGCGAGAACAUUGCCAUUGCGCUGGCCGAGAAGGUGAGCGAGAAGAUGCGCAAUCAGAAGCAGCAGGCGUUGAAUACGGCACGCCGCAACAUUGGAUCGCCAUUCGUGCGCUCCAACAUGGAGCGUUUGGCCAGCAUGUCGCCGGCAGCACGUCGUCUGGCCUCCGGCAAGAUAGGCAUGCGCAAUCAUACGCCGUUCCUAACGCCAUCGCCCGCUACUACGAAGAACAAACUGAAGAUUACACCGAAAGUGGUGCGUUCAUCAAAUGUGAUUAACAGUGACAGCAGACAGCAGCAGCAGACACCAAUCUCGUCCAGCAGCAGAAGCAGCAGUCGUCAGGCAACGCCCAUUGACACGGGCUCCACGCUCACCGAUGAUCUGCUCAAGAUUCCCACAAAGCGACGCAGCGCCGCCGCCGACUUCUUUUGAGAUACAUUCUAGUUGCAAUUGUUGCUAAUGUAGAUUUGAUUUGAUGAUGAAGUGAACAACAGUUGGCCUAGAAAUUCAUGGUAGGAAUGGAGUCGAAUAUUUUGUUAUUCUUCGUAAAUUAAAUAAGAAUAAUUUGUAUGCAUAUUUAGAGAGUUUAUGCAAGAAAUGAGGAUUCCUCAGGUAUUUUUUUUUGCCUAAAAAAAUGUAAUAAA